AUAACAAACUGUGGUUUCGUUUAUAUUAAUACGAUAAAAUUGAUUGGAUUUAAAGAUUUUAAUUGUUUCCAUUUUGUUGGAUUAACUUGGAUCAUUUAGUGAUUUCUUUUUCUACUUUAAACUUUUCCUAAUCAACUUUUGUUUCCAUAAAGUUAAUUUGUUUUAAUUGUGUUGAGUGGUGAAUUAUCUUGGUGAUAAAAACAAGUGUAUGUUUAUGAUAAUGAUGAUGAUGAUGAUGUGAGGGUGGGGAUAUGUGAUUAUGAUUAAGAAUAUGAGAUAAUCUCAAGUUAAAUGAAUAUUUUUCUCAAUCCCCUUGUGUAAAUCAAGUUGCAUCUAAUUUUUUUCUUUUGUUUUUACAAUUCCAAUCAACUUGCCUCCUUUUUUUGCUGCCUUUUUAUUAAUCUUCAUUUGAUGAGUGAAAUUGUUCACAAUUAACAAACUAGUAUUAUCCUAAUCUGAUUGUCUGUUCAACUUGAUUGGUGAUUAAUCACCAAUAACCAAAUGGAUUUACCAGAGUUAAUUACUAAGCCGAGUCGUUAUGAUGAAGCUUCACUCUUAUCAAAGGCAACAUUUUGGUGGAAUGCACCAACAUUACGAGUUGGAAUGAGUCGCGAGCCGACUAAAGAUGACCUGUACAAAGGUCCUGAUGUGGACGAAUCAUUUAAAGCAACAGUUGAAUUUGAAAGAAAUUGGGAUCGAGAAAUUAAAGAUUCUAAAUUAGCAAAGAAACAACCAAGUUUACUCAAAGCGAUUAUUAAAACCUAUGGAUUAUCAACCAUUUUCAAUGGGAUUCUAUUAACUAUCGAUGAUACGUUAAACUUGGUUCAAACUUUCCUCCUUGGAUCAAUAGUUAGAUACUUUUCGAAGCAAAAUUACACCAAUGUGACAUUCAAUGAAUGUUUAAUAUGUUCUAUUGGAUUAGUGUUGACCAUUUUCUCUUAUGGAUUAAUCCGACAUCAUGUUAUCAUGUUAACCCAACGACAAGGAUUAAGAAUUCGAACUGCAUUAACUGCGGUUGUUUAUAAAAAGAUAUUAACACUUAGUCGAGCUGCAACAACCAGAACGGACAUUGGUUAUAUUCUGAAUAUACUGACCAAUGAUUUAACAAGAUUCGAUGAGCUCAUGUUUACCAUUAUCUAUGUUGUUCUUGGUCCCUUGAUGGCGAUCGCUGUUCUAAUUUAUAUGAUCCAUGUAAUUGGAUUAGCGAGUCUUGGAUUAGUAUUAAUUUUGGUUCUUCUCAUUCCAUAUCAAGCAGUUACUGCCAAAUAUUCAGACAAAUUCAGAGGACAAACAGCCAAGUUAACUGAUAAACGAAUCAAGUUAAUGGAGGAAAUGAUAUCAGCAAUUAAGAUAAUUAAAAUGUUUACAUGGGAAAAAUCAUUUGCUGAUAUAAUUUCAUCAAUUCGAAAGCAAGAAAUGUCAAAGAUUCGUAAUGCAGCAAUUCUGAAAUUGAUGAAUAUCUCCGUUCAUGCAUCUGCACCACGUAUCAUGCUUUUUUCAUGCCUCGUUUUCCACGUGCUCCUCGGUAGACCUUUGACCCCAGAAUUGGCCUUUAUCACUUUAUCACUGUGCAAUGCUCUAAGACUACCAGUUACUUUUCACAUAGGUAAUUCAGUUGGCUUACUUUUUGAAACUUUGGUUUCAAUUAGAAGGACUCAGGAACUUUUAUUAUUGGAUACAAGGCAAACCAUGAGCUUGACCAGUAGUGAAGACUUAUCAACACCCAAAGGAACAAUUUCGAUCAACAAUUACCAUGGAAAAUGGGAUAAGAACUCGAAUAUAAUUAAUCUUAAAAAUGUUUCAUGUAAACUGAAUCCUGGUGAAUUAUUGGUUGUCAUUGGAACCGUUGGAUCGGCUAAGACUUGUCUUGUAAUGGCUCUUCUUGAAGAGAUCGCAACAGUUUCUGGGACAUGUAAAGUUUUCGGAAGAAAAGCUUAUUCACCACAAGAAUCUUGGACUUUUUCUGGAACAAUUAGACAAAAUAUUUUAUUUGGAAGAGAAUAUUCAGAAUCUAAAUAUCGUAAAGUAAUCGAGGUUUGCUCUUUAAAAAAGGACAUUAAAUCUUUCCCUUACGGAGAUAACACUCUUGUAGGAGAAAAGGGAUAUUCUCUAAGUGGUGGACAAAAAGCUCGAAUUACUCUUGCAAGAGCAGUUUAUGAAGACGCCGAUGUCUAUCUUCUUGAUGAUCCAUUAAGUGCCGUUGAUCCUGGAGUAGCUGAACAUCUUUUCGAUAAAUGCAUCAAUGGUUAUCUGAAAGCGAAAACAAGAGUCUUGAUUACUCAUCAAUUACAAUUCUUAAAGCGAGCAGAUAAAAUUCUCAUUAUGAAUGAAGGCGAAUCAAUUGCUUUUGGUACAUUCAAACAAUUGAAUAAUAUUGGAAUAGAUUUUAUCAAGUUUCUUAAAGAAACGGAGACGGAAACACCAAUUCAGCGAGCUGAUGAAAUGUUGUCAAUUGAUGAGCUUUAUGAUGGACCUAAAGGUGAACAGAAAACUUCAGCGAGAGGACUCAAGCAGGUCAACUCGUUAAUGCUUGGAGAUGAUACAGAUAUUAGUAAAAUCAUAAGCCAACAAAUGGAGCUAAAGGAGGAAAAGCUUACCUUUGGUACUUUGGGUGGUCGAGUUUAUCGAGAAUAUUUCUUAGCUGGUGGAAAUAUCGUCUUUAUUGUAAUCUUCUUAAUGACAACUUGUUUAUCUCAAGCGAUAAUUAACUAUGCCGAUUGGUGGAUAUCUGAAUGGUCAGAUGAUUCCCUCGCUCUUUCUGAAUCAUAUAAUGAAACCGUGGCCGGAAUCGAUUUCAAAGAAUAUUCUAGACCUUUUAUAUCGAGAAAUGCAACAAUCUAUUCGUGUGUCAUGUUAGCGUUACUAAUCUCAGUGUUCAUACGACUUGGAAUGAACUAUCGAAUUUGUCUCAAAGCUUCAGAAACUUUACACAAUAGAAUAUUUGCUCGAUUACUUCGAACACCAUUAAAUUUUUUCGAAAACAAUCCAGUUGGUCGUAUAUUAAAUAGAUUCACUCGUGAUAUGGGAAUAAUUGAUGUUCAAAUCGCUAAUAACUUAGUAUUCAUGAAUUUGAACCUUUUACAAAUUGUUGGUGUAAUCGUAAUCACCGGCAUCGUAUUGCCGAUUGUUAUUAUUGUUGCGAUUGUUGUUGUAUUCGUAAUGUGGUUUGUACGAAAAGUAUACUUACAAACAGCUCGAUACAUCGUUAGAUUGGAAGCUCAAACGAGAUCACCGAUUUACAAUCAAGUUGCGACAACUUAUGAAGGAUUAACCACAAUCAGAGCGUUUCAAUAUGAAGCUAAAUUCAUUCGACAACUUUAUCGGCUCAUGAAUGAUAACAAUUCUUGUAAAUUUAUGUACUUUGGGGUUAGUCGAUUGAUUGGAAUGAGCCUUGAUUUAUCGAUUAUUUUUCUACUUGCAACGAUUCUCAUCUCGGUACUUUCGUUUCCUGAUAAAUUUCCAGGAGGUGAAGUCGGACUGGUAAUCUCAACAUUAUUAUCAGUCUUUGGUUCCCUUCAAUAUGGUAUAAGGUUAACGGCUGAAUUUGAGACAAACAUGAUCUCAGUUGAAAGAGUUCUUGAAUAUGAUAAACUACCAUUGGAACCAUCAUGGCAAACACUAAAAGCCAAUUUAUUACCCAAAAACUGGCCUGUUGUCGGUAACAUUAGAUUUAAUAAUGUUUUCCUAACUUAUCCUGGUUCAGUAAAACCAGUAUUGAAAAGUUUGACCUUCAAUGUUUCGGGAGGUGAAAAGAUCGGUAUCGUUGGUCGAACCGGUGCUGGAAAAAGCUCACUGAUUUCGGUGCUGUUUAGAUUAACUGAAUUUGAAGGUAACAUUUCAAUCGAUGGUGUAGAUAUACAAGAACUUGGACUACAUGAUUUGAGGAAUAAAAUUUCAAUCAUUCCUCAAGAUCCACUUCUUUUUACGGGAACCAUUCGUAGUAAUCUUGAUCCACUCGACGAAUAUACCGAAGACUUUAUCUGGUCAACCCUUAAAGCCGUAAAUCUUUCACGGACAAUCGAGUCUAUGCCUGGUGGUUUAGAUGCAAUAGUAACUCAAGGUGGAUCUAAUUUAAGUUUAGGACAACGACAAUUACUUUGUCUUAUUCGAGCUCUUUUACAACGGAAUCGCAUAAUGAUCUUGGACGAAGCUACUGCAAAUAUGGACCAUCAAACUGAUUCACUGAUUCAGGAAACAAUUAGGAAAGAGUUUAAAGACUGUACAGUCCUAACUGUAGCUCAUCGACUAAAUACAAUAAUCGACAUGGACAAGAUCAUCUUAUUGGACGCUGGUCAAUUGAUUGAAUAUGGAGAACCAUAUUUACUCUUGAAAGAUGAAAAUAGUCACUUUAAAUCAUUAGUUUCUAAAACUGGCCCUUCAUAUGCUAAAAUGUUAUUCACUAUUGCUGAGAAAUCUUAUCUAAUGAAACAUCCAUCACAAUCUGAUGAAGAAUUGAAAUCUUAAUUGAUUAAUCUUAAAUUACAUGUAAAACCGAAAAGUAUCUCCAACAAUAAUCAACAAUUAGAAUAAACAAACUCGAAGGUUAUAACUAUUAA